CAGGAGACUUCAUCAGGAUGGGGAUUCGAUUGCGUGAUCGCGCGAUCGCAAUCACCAGACCAAAGUUUGCGAUGCGGUGAGGUGGAUGUUUUGGAGCUGGCUGGCGGCCUGGGGCGCCAGCCUCGCCGCAGGUGGCGAUCUCUGCGUCGCCGUGGAGCUUGCGAGCCGCCAUGACCUGCAGGCGAUUCGGCAGACCUGGCUGGACAACGAGACCAGGGUGUAUUUCUUGAGGCCAAGGGCGCUGCCCAGGUGGCUGCCAGGGCUGGACCUCCGCGUGUGGGGCUGGGCCCAGCAGCUGCCUUACAGCUGCGAGUGGCUGCUGAAGGUCCCAAGCUCGUCGUAUCUUCACCUGGAGAAUCUGAGAUAUCGCCUGCGGUGUUUGUCCACCGACCCAUCGCUGACGUACCUGGGUGUUGCAAAGGUGCCUCUCAACGAGACGAUGACCCCGAUGGCGGAUGAGAACUUGGGUAUUGUCAUCCGCAGAUCGCUUCUCAAGAAACUGCCGCGGAUGUUGAGCGCCUGCGCCACUUUGCCGGAGGUGCUGAGCGUGGCCGGUCAGGGUGAGGGCGUCGUAUUGGGCACUUGCCUGCGGCUCCACGACGUGGAGUUCUCUCCCUGGAUGGAGAGGUUGUCCGAGGCGAUCUACGAGGAUCCUGGGAAUGGUUCGGGGCUGAGCAGCCACUCCUUCAACAGGUUCUUGUUUACCUUCGACCACGAGAAGCUGAGCCGUGUGAAGUGCCUGCUGCUGGUCUCGGGAUUGCGGCCUGAGGAGAUGGAGGAUAUCCACUACAUGCGCGGCAGGAGCGAGCGAUGGUUCAAGGGGGUGGCUUGCUCCAGCGACGGCCUGGCAAAGCCCGAGGAGGGGCGCGCGGUCUUCGACCCGAAGAUUCUGCCGGCGCUGCAGGGCUGCUUCCUCUUGCGCGCCUUCGAGCGGUGGCAGCGGGAUUGGAGCGAUGGUCAGCCUCUCAACGAGCCGCAGAUCGCUUCACCAACAGAGCUUGCCAAGGAGUGGCAGAGGCCGCUCAAGGGCCGCUCCCCAGCCUUUCAGCGCCUGGGGGCGGGCGGCCAUGAGCUCUGCGUCUUUGUUGUCACCACGGGCUUUUCAGAGAAGCACCGUGCAGAUGCCCGUGCCGUGUUCAAGACCUGGGCGAACGAGCAAGUGGCAGGUGUGAAGGUCUUCAUGAUGAAGGACCGGAGUUGGCCUGAUGCGGAGCUAGGUGAAGGAGACGCCAACAUCCUCACGCUGCGUGGGGAUGUUGACCUGGGCUACCUCUACAAUCCGGUCCGAGUCUUCUAUCUUUGGAUCUACCUGGCCGAGCAUCACGCUUCAGACUGCCAGUGGUUCGCAAAGGUGGACGCUGACACCUUUGUGAACCUCCGGGCCUUAAAGCAGCGGCUCACCCGCUACUUCACCGCGGCCGAGAGCCACUACCUGGGCUCCGUGAAGUCCACGCUGCUCACCUCCGGGGUGCGGCAGUACUUUGCGGUGAACUCCAUCGUCUUCAGCGGCGGCCUCCUGAAGCGCGCGAGGAAUUGGAUUCGUCCCUGCCUGGAUGACAUCGUCUCCAGAAGGCUUGGCCAGGGAGCAGAGGACAUGGACCUCGGGGCCUGCCUGGAGCUGCACGGCGGGGUGAUCGUGUCUUCCCUGGGCCAAGUUCAGGAGAUGCCCAGCCUGGGCAUGGCUCGGGUCAUGGGCGGAGAGAAGCUGCUCAAUGCGUCGGGGGAAUGUACCAUCUUCAUUCACCCAGUCCAUGCAGAAGACAUGGAGAAGGUCUACGCCGAUCUGCAGCUUCUGCCAAGCUCCAGCUGCGAUUGGCCCAAGGCAGCUCCAAAGCCGGAGGUGUGGUCCAACUACAUGACCAACACGUUUCAGAAGCACAGCGACAAGCACCGCUGCUGGAACCGGCGGUUCACGUGGCAGCUUUGCUGCAACGAGACCUGGGGCGCCGGCGGCAACGACAUCUGCUGGGAUGAUGAGCACACCUGGGAGAGGUGCUGCAACAGGCCAAAUCCUCAGAUCGAUAUGAUCGAUGGCGCCAAAGUCGCUGUGACCACAGCUGCGCCGAUCACAGCUCGCAGAACGACGACCACUAUCGCCACCACCACCAUCCCCGCUCCAAUUGAUAAGAUGAUCCACGUGAAGAACGAAGAAAAAGGCACCACGCCUCGGGCGCUCACCGCGAAUCAGCCGACCACCUCCGGGAAUCCCAAGUGCUGGAGCGAGGGCUUCUCCUACGAGCUGUGCUGCGGUAAGGCAGUGGAGGACUGCUGGGUUUGGCCCUUCAGCCCGGACUUCUGCUGCGCCGAGCCGCUGCCGCCCAGGCUCCCGAUCCAGGUGGGCGGACUUGAAGGACAGCGAAAAGGCCAAGCUCGUUCCAGCCGCUGCCCAGGAAUCGAGGAGGAGCUGCUGGCUUGUGAGCUCUCCCUGGAUGAGAUCGGGGCCCUUUUCGAGCUUCCGUCCAUUGGCAGCGGAGACAAGGCCAGCGGCUGGCACGACUAUUUGGGGGGCUACGAGCGGCUGUUGCUGCACCUGCCGCUGUCGGCCAAUGUGCUGGAGUUUGGGGUGCGGAUGGGGCCGUCUUUGGCCAUGUGGUCUGAGUACUUUCCCUUCGGCACUUCUGUAGGUGUGGACAAGGACCUGGGCACCUUUCUGCAGAGGGGCCAGCCGGUUCUGAUGGCGCACGGCGCCUUCACCAGAGGCAACGUCUACGCUGUGGAGGCCAACGCCUCAGACGUCUCGGGCCGGGAGAAGUUGCAGCGCCUCGGCUUCGGAGCCAACUUUGCGGACGUGGUGGUGGAUGACGCCAACCACUGGUUCAAGGACCAAAUCGCCCGCUUUGAGCUCUAUUUCCCGGAUGUUCUUCGACCAGGAGGUGUGUACAUCAUUGAGGAUGUGCACAUGCAGGAGCCCUUCGACCACGAUGGCCGGAGGGUUCGGGCCUACUUUGCCAAUCUCACAGCGAGUGUCUAUGUCACGCCUGAGAUCCUCUUAGGCUCGCAUCAGAUCCGCACCAAGCGGCACGCCUCCCAGGACUGGCGGCACAAGGUGGAGUCGGUGACCUUCCUGCGGGACGUGGUUGCCAUCGUCAAGGCUGCGGAUGCGUGAGGCUGCUUCGACUGCGCGAAAGCUAAGCGGCACCGAAGAAAAGGGCCUGAAACGCAAGGCCUUUCUGCCGGCUUAGCCUGGACAUGUCAUGGU